UUUUUUUGUCAAAGAUCAUUGGAAAAAAAAGGACACAAAUAAUCGUAUAUAUAAAGAAACAAGAAAAGCCUACACUUGUGACGGAAAUAGAAAUGGCUUUUAAAGCAUUUUACCGUUUUCAAUUGUUCCAUACAGUUUUAAUUGUCCUGUCGUUGAUGGCAACAUGGACGCGUGCACAGCAACCAAGGCGUGAUGCUGAUUGGCCACCACCAGCAAUUCUAAAGAUGGCAAAACCAUUCCACGAUACUUGUGCGGAAAAAACCGGUGUAACUGACGAAGCCAUUAAGGAGUUCAGUGAUGGUGAAAUUCACGAAGAUGAAGCUUUAAAAUGUUACAUGAACUGUUUAUUUCAUGAAUUCGAAGUGGUCGAUGAUAAUGGUGACGUCCAUUUGGAAACAUUAUUCCGUAAUCUACCGGGCUCGUUAAGGGAAAUGCUUAUGAAGGCUUCGGAAAAUUGUGUACAUCCAGAGGGUGAUACGUUGUGUCACAAGGCUUGGUGGUUCCAUCAAUGUUGGAAAAAGGCUGAUCCAGUGCACUACUUCUUGGUCUAAGGUGAACGAUAUGAAUUUUUGCAAGUGUGAAAAUGACAUGGUUUAAAUGCUGUUAAAAUUUAGUUUUACAUACAUACAUACUUUAUAUAUGAUUUAUAUUUUUUGUUUAAUUAAAGCAAUGCAGAAAGAAGCAAUUAUAAAAUUAA